AUGGAUUUGAAGAACUGGGCGUCGACGCUGGCCUCUCGUGGCCAGAAACUGGCGCGAGAGGGAAUGGAGUACGUGAACCAGAAGAUCGAGAAACAGAACAUUCCGCAUUCGGUUUCCUCGCUUUUCCAGGCUGGCUCAACCAGCCGUGCCGAUUUAAACAGUUGUUCGGGCGAUUCGCCCUCCUCGCUCGUCUACUACGCGAUUCAGAACGAACUCUCCCCUCCACCCUUCUCGUCGGGAUUGCGCGAAGCAGCUGUCCCUCGUGACGCCGACGCGUCCUUUUCUCCUUCUUCCCACUUCAACGCCUUUCUUCUGCCCGACGGCCUCCCCGCAGACGCCGUCACUUUCUCGCUGUUCACUUCGCUCUUCCCCGUGCCUGGGCAAUUCUGUUUCCGCUUCAAAGUCCCGUCCAACGCCUCGCCGGAGGGCUAUGUCUGGCGUCACAUCUCCAAGGACGAAGAGGACGACUUUGUUCCCUGCUUCCAGGGCGCGAUCGUCUGUCGAGCGUUGCAAAUCCCCGCGGGCGUUGACGCGGCUCCUCGAGCCCCGUUCGCCGUCCACGUCUGCUCCCCGUCUCGCUCGUCCUUCGCUUCGAAUCGCGCUGCUCAUCCCCCCGCAAGCGGCACAAGGAGCGGAAGCGCUCGUGACGACGCAUCGCCCUCCGAGCCGCGGUCGCAGACCUCUCCCUCCCAGCCAGCAGCCUCGGCCGCUCUUUCUUCCCCGCGCAGAAUAGACACCGGGCACGGCGGCCAAGGGAGCCGCGAUUUCGCGGACCUCUGGAGCGGAGACAGCGGCGGGAAGCGGAGCGACGGAGAGCAUCCCUCGCUGGAUCAGCCACACACUCCGUUCGCUUCCGGUGUCGCGACAGCCGGGCGUCCCGCGUGCCAGGGGACUGCUCGACUCCACAAGGUCGAAAUGCCCAACAGAGACGACCUCGUCGCUGACAGGAUCUCCCGGACAGAGUCGCGAAUCCAAGAAAAACUCCAGGAAGCGCAAGAGCGCCGGCAGCAGGAGCUGAGCAAAAUGCAGGAGCGACUAACCAUUCCGGACGAGGUUCAGCUCCAGCUGGAAAAGUGGGCCAAGUCGUCAGACGGAAAAUACAAAGAUAUUCGGACGCUUCUUUGCACUGUGCACGAGGUGCUGUGGCCGGGCGCCGACUGGCAGCCUGUCUCGAUCAGCACUUUGAUGAUUUCCUCUCAAGUCAAGAAGCAUUAUCGGAAGGCGCUGCUGCUCACGCAUCCAGAUAAGCACCAGUCGUCAUCUGCGGAGCAACUGUUCCGGGCAGAAAAAAUCUUUCAGGCUUUCAACGAAGCCUUCAAAGUUCAUCCUGUUUGA